AUGGAUUCAGCGCAUGCCAGAGUACCAUAUAGGAUAUUUUUUGGGUCAAAGUUCGAAAAUUUUGUCCCAACCCCGUUCAAAAUGGCCCGAUGUAAAAUAGGGAAGGAUGGCUCCAAUUGUCAAAAUUUGUCGUUUCAGGUUUUUUUGAUAUCCUAUGUUAUAGAGCGUCCCCUGGCGGUCCCAAAAAGGUAUAAUAUGUCGGGGGUCCGGUUGAGUCUCAAAAAGUUAUGGCCAAUGUUCGCAAAUGUCGCGAAACUUUUUUGGGCUAUAACUUUUUUGCAAAUUUUUUAA